CUCUCUCUCUCUCUCUCUCUCUCUCUCUCUCUCACUGCCUUCCGCUCCCAGUCUUGGUGAGGCGAUGAGUUCAGUAAUUUCAGUCUUGUCUCCUGCCUUGAGGUGAUCUAUCUCCUCCACGCUACACGGGAAGCCCAAGGAGCAUCUUGAAGUAAAACAACAGAAUGGCAUCCACCUUACGCAUUGCUCUGGUCCAAAUGGCUGUGGCCGAGGAGAAGACCAAGAACGUGGAGCGGGCCGUGCAGCUCAUCGAGGAGGCUGCCGGCAACGGUGCCCAGCUGGUGGUGCUGCCGGAGUGCUUCAACGGACCCUGCAGCCUCAGUGAGAAUACCAAUUACGUGGAGCCCGUCCCCGGCGAGAGCACCGCCCCCCUCGGUGACGCGGCGAAGAAGUUUGGCGUGUUUGUGGUGGGCGGCUCGGUGCGGGAGAGGGAGGGAGACAAGAUCUACAACACCUGCACAGUCUGGGGGCCACAGGGCAACAUGUUAGCAAAGCACAGAAAGAUUCACCUUUUUGACGUCAAUAUCCCUGGUGAACUAGUCUUGCAAGAGUCCAGCUUCUUCACUCCUGGCAACACCUUGACCACCUUUGAGCUCCCCCACUGUAAGAUUGGUCUCGGCAUCUGUUACGACAUGAGGUUUCCAGAAAUGGCCCGACUUUAUGCAAAGUUAGGGUGCAAAGUGGUGCUGUACCCCGGAGCUUGCAGCAAUGUCACCGGCCCGGCCCACUGGCAGCUGCUGCAACGAAGCCGUGCCAUCGACAACCAGGUGUACGUGGCGAACGUUUCUCCCGCUCGCAACACAAACCAUUCUUUCGUUACCUGGGGCCACUCCUCGAUUGUCAACCCCUGGGGGGAGGUCAUCGCCACUUGUGAGGAAAAGGAGACCAUCGUCUAUGGUGACCUGGACAUGGACUACGUGGAUAAGGUGCGACAAAUGAUUCCUGUCCUCAAGCAGAUGCGAGACGACGUCUACGAGGUGACGGCCAAGUAAAAACAAGAGGCCAUAAGGUGUUAUAAUAAUAAUAAUAAUAAUAAAGGGUUUAUUUGGUUGCGGCAGCCGUCAAGCUGAAAAUUUACGUAUUAUAAAUACAAUUUUUCUUCGCUAAUGA